CGCUGUCUGCCUCGCUGUCUGCCUCGCUGUCUGCCUCGCUCGAAAGCCUCCCGCCGCAAUGGAUGCCAUGGAACCCACCCUGCAGAACAUCCUCGACCAGACCUCCCUGAAGUGGAUCUUUGUCGGAGGCAAGGGCGGUGUCGGCAAGACGACCUCGUCGUGCUCGCUUGCUGUCCAGCUCGCCUCUGUCCGCGAGUCCGUCCUGCUGAUCUCGACCGACCCUGCCCACAACCUGUCUGACGCCUUUGGCCAGAAGUUCUCAAAGAAUCCCACCCUGGUCAACGGAUUCAACAACCUCUAUGCGAUGGAAAUCGACCCCAAUGGAAGCAUCCAGGAAAUGAUCGAAAAGUCCAACGACUCCAACCUCGCUUCACACAUGCAGGACCUGGCUUUUGCCAUCCCUGGUGUUGAUGAAGCCAUGAGCUUUGCCGAGGUCAUGAAACUCGUCAAGUCUAUGGAGUACUCCUGCAUCGUCUUUGAUACCGCUCCUACGGGACACACCCUGCGGUUCCUGUCCUUCCCGACCGUGCUGGAUAAGGCCCUUGGCAAGCUCGGACAGCUUGGCGGUCAGUUUGGACCCAUGAUCAAACAGAUGAGCGGUCUCAUGGGCGGAAACGCCGAUCAGGAGGACCUCUUCGGCAAGCUGGAAGAAAUGAGAACCGUGAUCCAGGAGGUCAAUGCCCAGUUUCAGGAUGAGAACAAGACGACCUUUGUCUGCGUCUGCAUCUCGGAAUUCCUGUCGCUCUACGAGACGGAACGUCUUGUCCAGGAGCUGACUUCCUAUCAUAUCGACACCCACAACAUCAUCGUCAACCAGCUUCUGUUCCCCAAAGAUGGUUCCAACUGCGAGCAGUGUCUGGCUCGACGAAAGAUCCAGAAAAAGUACCUCGACCAGAUUGAUGAGCUAUACGAAGACUUCCAUGUUGUCAAGCUGCCCCUGCUCACGAAAGAAGUGCGCGGCCCCGACGCCAUCAAGGAGUUCUCCAAGAUGCUCGUCAAGCCCUAUCAGCCGUGAGCUCGGGGUGUCGCACGCACUCUGCUUGUCUCGACUGAGGAGGAGACAAGCGGCCGGGCGCUGGGCAAGCCCUCGAGCUAUCAAUACACUGUGGGCCAUAGUACGAGACCACGUCUGCCUUGACCACCA